GCUUGUUUGCCGUCGCCUGCCUUUGGGUGGAGCCACCGGACCUCGGUGGCAGGUCUGCCAGCAGCCGGGAUUAAAGCCAUCACGAUCGGACCCUGCCCAGUUUUCCCCAAGAAGAUCAGGGCUGGCCUGCCAGGGUCGUUCAGGUUGUAGUCAUUUAUUUUUUGUCGAGAAAAAGUUACUCCCAUGGAGCGGAGAGCAGCCGGGAGAGGAAAAAGCGCGAGGAAAACCAUCGCGGCACCACCAGCCCCGGAGGAAGAGGCGGCCAAGGCUGCUCCAGCCCCCAGGGUGCAAAACCCUUCUUGCAAGCGCCCCGUCAAAGCCAAGGCGUCGCUCUCGGAGGGAGGGAGCAGAUCCGGUCAAGCGGGGAAAGAAACUGCCCCGAGACCAAAAACGUCCCUGGAGAAAAGCACCCCCAACGCCCAGAAACGCGACCUGGCAGGAAAAAGCGACGGGCCUUCGCCAGAGAAGGAGGAGCUUCACGUCGAGGCGAAGGCGGCUGUGGAGGAGACGGCAAAAUCUCCCCCUCGAGGGCGAAAGGCGUCCCAGAAGAAAUGCGACCCCAAAGCGAAGGAGCCCGACCAGAAAAAAGCCUCCGAAGCGCUCCCCCCGCGAGUGCCGCCCCCUGCCCGGAGGAGCUUCCUGAGGGAGGUCGUGGAAAACCUCAAGCUGCCCAAGAGGAAGAUUUCGGAAGCGUCUCAGCGGGUGAACUGGGUGAGAACCCGGCUGGUAAACGCGAUCCGAAAGAAGACGUGCUUCAGCACUGUUGAGAUAUUAGGCACCGGCAGCUACUACGAGCAGCUCAAGAUAAAUAAACCAGAUGAAUUUGACAUUAUGCUUAAAGUGCCAUCUGCAAGACUUCAGCUGGUGCCCGAGAAUGACAGUGAUUACAACGGUGCUCAUUAUUUUGUAAUACUGAAAAGGAAUCCUAAAUUAAAGCAACUAGAAGAAUUUGUAGAUGGGGAAUAUCUUUCUGCUUCCAAAAUGCUUUCUGAAAUGAGGACCAUUAUAACAGAUGAAGUAAAGACUAUAAAGGAAAUGAAGGUAACUAUGGAGAGAAAAAAACCUGGAAGUCCAGCAGUUACUCUUCAAAUUGAAGACCCAACCUCCCUUAUAUCAGUAGAUAUCAUUCUUGCUUUGGAAAUGGAGGGUACAACCUUGUGGGACCAUAAAGUGAAUAGACAAGAUAUUAAAAAUUGGCUUGGAAUCCACGAACAUAACAAGCUACGGAUGCAGCGACGGUGUCUUGUGCCCAAGAAUGCUAAAGUGGAAGCACACUUCAAAGAUACAUGGAGACUCUCUUUUUCACUUGCUGAGAAAACUAUCAUCAAGUAUCAUGGCAACACAAAGACAUGCUGUGAAACUCGUGGAAAACAAUGCUGCAGGAAAGACUGCCUUAAGCUUUUGAAGUUUCUUCUGGAGCAGCUUAAAACAAAACAUAAUCAACUGAACAAAUUCUGUUCUUACCAUGCCAAAACUGCCUUUUUCCAUACAUGUACCAUGUGGCCCACUGAUGAAGAAUGGCAGCCUAUAAAUUUGGAAGAAUGUUUUGAAAGACUUUUGGGUUACUUUAUUCAUUGCCUCAAAAAGGCUGAGCUGAAACAUUUUUUUAUUCCUGAAUGCAACUUGUUCGGCCCCGAUUUGAAAUGUAGUAUACUUGUAAAAAUAAUUGAAAGUGAACGAACCCAUGGAUUCCCAAUAUUGAAGUCAGCAUGAUCUAGGUAAAUUCAUAAAAGGAUGUAAACCUCAUUGGAAGCUUUCUUCAAAACUUAACAAACAGUAAACUAAAAUAACAAACAAAAUGGAUAUUUGUAAAAGGGUGAGGGGCUACAGCAGCAGGAAAAACGUUUUUGAUUCCUCUUUUUGUCUCCUACCUUCACUGUACAAGUCACCAGUUUUUGUGUUGUGAACAAAAGGAAAGGCAGAAUGCAUCUUUCCUCUCUCUCCUGACACCAUUGAUGCAUGUGUAUACACAUGCUUCAAUCAUCUUUUAGCAGGUCCCAGAAGCCACUGCAGGGGCAUACCUAGGCAAACUGGAGCCCUGAGCAAAACCUGAGUUUGAUGCCCCUCCCCCAUGGGCGGCCAACCUCUCCCACAGUAACCAAACAAUGAUUUUUCCACCAGGUUGUU